AUGAAAGAUGAGGCAAAGAAUGUUCCGCAUCUCCCCGGCCAGAAGCUUUCAAGACAGGCAAAGGUAAGGGGAAAAACAGUGAACAAAAUGGCCAUCUUACUGAAUCCGAAAGGUCGACUACGACAAAAACGUAGUUAUUCCCCCUUUAAUUUAAGAGAUAGGGAAAUCGUCCUACGAAAUCUAUGGUUAUGCUUUUCCCAUGGCCAGGAAGGUAUUGGGCUGAUAAAGCCCCAAAUUCCUAUUGGACAGAGCGUCUUGCCUUCGCAAUAUCGAAGGAGAAAUGUUGUCAAUGAUUUCAUAGAUGCCAUACAACCAUCCCUUCCCCUCCUAGUCCAAGAAGAGCUGCCACACCUUCCAGGCCCUUCUCAUUCUUCUUUGGCACCUACGGUAGAGAUCGGAGGUAUUUGGCCCCCAAAAGGGAUUGCGGUUUUAGAUCCUCGGGUAAUCCCUUUUCUUAAUACUCUUAUUCCCCUUUCAUCCGGAGCUGCCGUAACUUGGGCUCAUCAUGCUAUACUCGCGGGGAAGGAAAAACGAGCAGUUUACGCUUUAGUAGCUACCGUUUCACUGGCUCUAGUAUUCACCGCCUUUCAAGGAAUGGAAUAUUAUCAAGCGUCCCCCACAAUUUCGGAUAGUAUUUAUGGUUCUACCUUUUUCUUAGCAACUGGCUUUCAUGGUUUUCAUGUGAUUAUAGGUACUCUUUUCUCGAUCAUAUGUGGUAUUCGCCAAUAUCUUGGUCAUCUGACCAAGGAGCAUCACGUUGGCUUUGAAGCAGCUGCAUGGUACUGGCAUUUUGUAGACGUGGUUCGGUUAUUCCCAUUUGUCUCUAUCUAUUGGUGGGGAGGUAUAUGAAGGAACAAAUCAGUGGAUUGAAGAAUUCAAGCUCGAAGACAAAGAGAAGCGGGCUUUUCCAAAGAAUUACUGCAGCUUUCCCACUCCCUUUGA